CGGGCUGGAGGCCCAGCAGCCCCUCCGGAGGACCUGCCUCGCCUAGUUAGCGCCAGGCGCCAGAGGCAGCACGGCGGGCCCUGCGGCCGUCCCACACAGUGUGACUCUAUGGCCGCCCCGUCGGCGCGCCCCGGCCCAGCUCCGCGCUGUCCAGUGGACAGGUCCACCGCCACCGCCGCCGACGACGACGCCGCCCCCCUGCUCUCCCCGCCGUCCGCUGUCCAGCGCUCCGCGCGGCCGACGACGAGCUCUGGAUAACCGUCCCCCGUGACCCGGGGAAGGGCCGCCACCGCCGGACUGCGGGGAAGUGCCACACAGGUGUCAGCCCGGCCCGCGGGAGGCCCACCCGGAGCAGCAGGCCCGGAAGGAGGAGCUGCUCGCCGAUCCAGCUGCGCGCGCUGCUCCGGAGGCCGCGGCGUAGGACAGCCGCCCCCCGCUAUGGUGUGAGCGCCGUGCCAGAGGGGUACUGCGGCGACCGGGACGGGGACCGGGCCCCCGGGGCGAGGUGCACCCGCAGGGCCCGCCUGCCCCGCCUGCCCCGCUGGCCUCGGCUGGGCCCCGAGGGUGGGCCUCUGGGGGAUGGCGGACGCGGAGGACGCCCCGCUCCCGAGGCCCCCCGGCACGCCGUCCUCGCCGCCCGCACCGUCCUCCUCGUCGUCGUCGUCACCGUCCCGGCGACCGCCGCGUCGGCCGUCGUGGCGGGGGGCCUCCGGGUGGGGAUGGAGCCCGGGAUCCUGGCCGGUGCAGCUGGUGCAGCUGGCACUGGCGGUCCUGCUCCUGGCCUCCGGAUGCGCCGCCGAGUAUCAACAGAGCCUCAUGUUCAGCGACAUCCUCCCGGAGAACCCCAAGCUGUACGACAAGAUGAGGCCGCCCAAGAAGGACGGCGGCCCGACCGUCGUGUACUUCCACGUGACCGUCAUGGGGCUCGACUCUAUCGACGAGAACUCGAUGACCUACGCCGCUGACAUCUUCUUCGCGCAGACGUGGAAGGACCACCGGCUGCGGCUGCCGGAGAACAUGACGUCCGAGUACAGGCUGCUCGAGGUCGACUGGCUCAAGAACAUGUGGCGCCCCGACUCGUUCUUCAAGAACGCCAAGGCCGUCACGUUCCAGACCAUGACCAUCCCCAAUCACUACAUGUGGCUCUACAAGGACAAGACCAUCCUGUACAUGGUCAAGUAAGUCGUCCCCGGCGACCCUGAGGGGGUAGUGGGGUGCAACUAAGGGGUACUU